UCCGCAUUACAAUCAAAAAAGAAAAUACCUUUUUUCUUCUCCAUCUGAUACUUUGAUAAAGUUGACUACUUUACAAAUAUAUAAUUAGAAACAUAAUUCAGUAUAGGUGGAUUGGGCCCCAAAUCUUUAAUGUUAAUGGAAAUCGAUUAGAAAGACAAACCUAUUGUCUUCAUAGCAUUGAAUGUCUAUCUUGACGCACGUGUUGAGCUUUGUUUUCAUUCCAGGGCAUUGUUUACAUUUCGGUUUCUAGAAAAAAGUAACAAGUUACGAUGUUGGACGAUGACAAUGUUCCACUGCCUGCUAGCAGCGAUUCCGAAGAGGAUGUCUUGGACGACUGCGAUACAUGUACACCUUUCGAGUUGGAACAGCACUAUCCGCAGAAAUUUAGACUAUUCGAUGAAACGGCUUUGUCACUGAAAAAAGAAUAUAUCCUUAGUUUAGAAAAAGACAGCUCACUAACGCGUUUGGCAGCCGGUUUAACUGACACGUCCGUACAUAUCCUCGAUGUUAGUUCCGAAAGAGGCCUAUCCCUGUUCUUAGAUCUCCCAGCUUUGCCGGAUGUUAAAAAUAAUAUCAAAGUUUGCGAUGUUCGCUUUUUUGAUGAGACCCCAAAUGCGGUACUUGUGGGUACAACAAAUGGUAUAGUUAGACUUUUUGAUUUAAGAACCCAGAAGGAGCAAGCACGUUUUGAAAAUGAUGCCAUAAUUGGAACACAACCAGCACCUAAAAAUAUAUGCUGCUUUGAUCGUAAUGCAAAUAGCCGAUUAUUGUGUACGGGUACCGAGGAGCUACACUCAAACGUGUACUUAGUAUUCUACGAUCUAAGGGAACGGAAGCAUAUGGGUGACUAUUUCGAUUGUCAUCAAAGUGACGUUACCACAUUGCGCUUUCAUCCACAAAACCCCGAUAUUCUGGCAUCUGGUUCAACUGAUGGCCUAAUUAACACAUUUGACCUGAGAGAAGCUAGCGAGGAGGAUGCCUUAAACAUAACCAUAAACACUGAGAGUAGUGUGCAUAAAAUUAAUUGGCAUAAAAACGUAUAUGAAAAGGACAUGUUAUCCUGCAUUACACAUACCAAUGAUUUUAAAGUAUACGAAUCAGAGGAGGGCGAUUUGUUGGCUGAAUUCGAAAGGGAUAACAUUACGGAGAUUAUUAAGCGCAAGAGUCCGGCCAAUUGCAAUCUCAUCGAUGCCCAUAGCACAUCAGAUGGUGGAAUUUUAUUGUUGACAGGUUCAAACCUAAAUAAGGGUGAAAUUAUGCGCUCGCUAACUUAUCAAAAUAAGAAACUAUUACCAUUUGCCAAUUUGGAUGGUAACAAACAGAUCGUACGAGAAAGUGUUUACGAUGCUAAUACAAAUGUACUCAUAACUGCUGGCGAGGGAAGUAUUGUCACAAUAUGGACACCGGAUUCGCAUAUGGCUACUAAUAGUUCGGGAUCAAGCAAACUGAAAGCUAAAAAAUCGAAAUCCAAUAAAGCAAAUCCAUAUUAAAAUUUAUAGACUAAAUGAUUUUUUACAUUUGUGAAUGUAUUACUGCUACAAAUAAAAGUUAAAUAUAAAUAA